UCAGGGGUUCAGUCACCAUGUCCAAAAGUAAAAGCUCAGAGUCUGUGAAGGUUGUUGUGCGAUGUCGCCCCAUGAAUGAAAAGGAGCGUGCAGCCAACUACGAGAGGGUGGUUUCCAUGGAUGUGAAGCUCGGACAGGUGUCCGUGCGUAACACCCGGGGAACAUCUGGCCACGAUCAGCCCAAGGUGUUUACCUUUGAUUCGGUCUACGACUGGAGCUCCAAACAGGUGGAGCUCUAUGACGAGACCUUCAGGCCGUUGGUGGACUCUGUUUUACUAGGCUUCAAUGGCACCAUCUUUGCUUAUGGUCAGACAGGCACAGGGAAGACCUACACAAUGGAGGGGAUACGUAAUGAUCCUGAGAGGAGAGGUGUCAUCCCCAACUCAUUUGAACAUAUCUUCACCCACAUCUCUCGCUCCCAGAAUCAGCAGUACCUGGUUAGGGCAUCCUAUCUGGAGAUUUAUCAAGAGGAGAUUAGAGACCUGCUGUCCAAGGACCAGUCCCGUCGUUUGGAGCUAAAAGAGAGGCCAGAUACGGGUGUUUUCGUCAAAGACCUGUCGUCCUUCGUCACUAAGAACGUGCGGGAGAUAGAACACGUCAUGAACGUGGGUAACCAAAACCGCUCGGUUGGUGCCACCAACAUGAAUGAACACAGCUCCCGCUCCCAUGCCAUUUUUGUCAUUACCAUUGAAUGCAGUGAGCUUGGACCUGAUGGUGAAAACCAUAUCCGUGUAGGCAAGCUCAACUUGGUGGACCUUGCUGGAAGUGAAAGGCAAACCAAGACUGGUGCUCAAGGAGAACGGCUUAAGGAAGCCACCAAGAUUAACCUGUCUCUUUCAGCUUUAGGCAAUGUUAUUUCCGCCCUGGUGGAUGGAAAGAGUACUCACAUCCCGUACAGGGACUCUAAGCUAACGAGAUUGCUUCAAGAUUCUUUGGGAGGCAAUGCCCGUACUGUAAUGGUUGCUAAUAUCGGGCCAGCCUCCUACAAUGUGGAGGAGACACUAACAACUUUACGUUACUCCAACCGGGCUAAAAACAUCAAGAACAAACCUCGCAUCAAUGAGGAUCCAAAGGAUGCUCUACUCAGGGAGUUCCAGGAAGAGAUUGCCCGGUUGAAGGAACAGCUAGAGAAACGAUCAGGCAAGAGGAGAAGGAAGAGGAGGCGGAGAAGGCCUGGAGAGGGAGGGGAGGAACUGGAAGAGGGUGAAGAAGAGGAAGAGGAGGAGGAAGAAGAGGAGGAAGGAGGUGCUGAUGCAGAUUAUUGGCGGGAUCAGCAGGACAAACUGGAGAAAGAGAGGAGGGCUAUAAUGGAAGACCACAGUCUUGUGGCAGAGGAGAAACAGAAGUUGCUGAGAGAGAAGGAGAAAAAGAUGGAUGACCUCCGAAGAGAGAGGGAGGCAAGCGAGCAGCUUGCAGCUAAAGUCAAGGCAAUGGAAAGUAAGCUUCUUGUUGGAGGGAAGAACAUUGUGGACCACACUAAUGAACAGCAGAGGAUACUGGAGCAGAAGCGGCAAGAAAUUGCUGAACAGAAAAGGCGGGAACGGGAGAUGCAGCAGCAAGUAGAGUUUCGAGAUGAAGAAACCCUUGAACUUAAAGAGACCUACAGUUCCCUGCAGCAAGAAGUCGACAUCAAGACCAAGAAACUGAAGAAACUCUUUGCCAAGCUGCAGGCUGUGAAGACGGAGAUCCACGAUGUUCAGGAGGAGCACAUUAAAGAGAGGCAGGAGCUGGAACAGACACAGAAUGAGCUGACUAGAGAACUGAAACUUAAGCACUUAAUUAUAGAGAACUUUAUCCCUCUGGAGGAGAAGAAUAAGAUCAUGGGAAGAGCCUUCUUCGAUGAGGAUGCAGACAAAUGGCAAAUACAACCCAUCACCCGCAUCCAAGAAGAUCAGCAGAUGAUGAGGAGGCCAGUGUCUGCGGUGGGGUAUCGGAGACCCUUGUGUCAGCACGCCCGCAGGGCUAUGAUGAUGCAGCCGGAUGUGAGAUACAGGGCUGAGAAUGUCAUGAUGCUGGAACUGGACAUGCCCACACGCACCACCAAGGACUAUGAGGAGCCUGUUAUUGCGCCCAGAGUAGCUGCUGCUCUGGAGGAUGCACUGCGUGAUGAGGAUGAGAUCCAGGUGGAUGCUUCAAGCUUUCACAACAGUCUGGGACCAAGCCCUCCAGGGACCAUGGCUCUGUCGGGGUCUGGAAAGAAGCCCAAGUCUGGUCGGCCAAAAACUGGCAAGAAGUCCACCACUCCCACCUCUGCACACAGCCCUUCAAGCUCAGGACACCCUUUAUAUCCACAGUCUCGCGGGUUGGUACCGAAGUGA